UUGUUAAUAAAAUUGUACUUUAAAGACAGGUGUGCCGGUGUGCGUCUACUUAUAUGUAGUCACGUAUGUAUUACCAUAUCGAAGACGAAACUUUUUGGGGUGUUAGGUAUUUGUGAAUGAUUCAUAUGAAAUUGAUGCACUUUAUUAUAUGUAUAUGUUUCCAAUCAAAAAUUAAUUGUUAAUAACCAAGCAUAAAGUUAAACUGAGAAAGGUAAUAAAAUACCUAUCAUUGGAAUAAAUUGAUCGAUAAUAAUUAUGUAACAAAAGUAUGAUAAUCGAGAUACACACUGUUGAGUAAAUAUGGUGUAAAGGGUAUGAGGAAAUGCCCUAUCCCCCAGCAAAUGACUUGCGACACAUACGUGACUUGAUUACAACCUGUAAAUGGCACUAACUCUUUACCAAACCAUUACUUUAACUUCAUUACUGUAAACAUAAAGACAUCAGAAAAAAACUGGCCUAAAAAAACAAAAUUAAAAAAGUGACGUUCCAUUUUCGAACCCAUUAGCGAUUAAAUAAUGCGCGCGACCUAUUUUUUUUAAACGAAGGAACUCGCUCUUUAUGCCAAAACAUGAAUUCGAAAAACCUUUUUGGUGAUUGCGGGAGUGUUUUUAUUAGUGUAAUUGCUUGUUUGGUGAUAAGUGGUGGGAAUGGGUGUUAUUAUGCAGGGUGGGGGCUGCUGGCGAGCGACUGGUGUCCCGACCUGUGCCCAGUGUUGGACAAAAUUGGGACAGACUUUACGGAUUUGUUCAAAACGCAUUCUAUGACCGAACAAGGUCCAAUCACCUCCGAAAUGGUAGCAGAGUCCCUCCGCUGCGGCCGAGAGCUCUCCCGGGCCUCUGCUCGCCGUGGCAACGAACUGGUCAAAAACGGGAUCACACUAUCAGCCUGCACGCCGUCUAUGCUGCACUUCUUCACUGGCAAGCAAACUGCAGAGACUAAAGCAGCCGCCGAGCUGUCGCAUGAGAUGCUGACGGCUACGAAGCUGCUGCAGUUGAAAGUCUGCUCUUCUUCCAACGUUACCCCGAACACUUUCAUGGCCUUCCUGGAGCACCAAGUCAUCAGGGUGCGCGACCCGCGGUACUGCAAGCCGGUCCAGCUCAGCUGUAGCGAUUCUAAAUACAGGACCAUAGAUGGCACUUGCAACAACCUCGUCCGCCCGUAUUGGGGCAAGAAGAAUUCCCCGUUCACGAGGGUGGCCCCUCCGCGGUACGCUGAUGGUAUCUACUCAAUGCCGGUAGCCAAGAGCGGCGCCCCACUGCCGAAUCCCCGAGUGCUGUCUACAAGACUGUUUGCCGACCAUGCGGUCAGCAGUCGCGUGUUCUCCUUUAUGAACAUGCAGUGGGGGCAGUUCAUUACGCAUGACUUGUUGAUACAUAGCCUGGAGGUCACUGACGAAGGCGGCAUCCAAUGCUGCGUCGGAGAAGGCAAAGACGUGCUGUCCCCCGAAUUGCAGAACGACAAGUGCAUACCCAUCUGCGUACCUGACAACGACCCCUUCUACAGAAAUUACGGGAUUCGGUGUCUCAAUUUCGUCAGGAGUGUGACAACGCCGAGAGAGGACUGCAGGCUUGGGCCGGCCGAGCAACUAAACGGUGCGACUAGUUUCUUCGACGGCUCCCAAGUGUACGGUUCAGACCCAGCUUUUGCCAAGAAACUGCGCACGAUGAGUGGAGGCAAGCUCAAGGAGGAGAAGAAACCGUACAAUAGGAGAGGUUUCCCGCCGUCGGUGGAUAACAAAAUGGACGUCUGUGACUUGAGGAAUGCUUCCGAGUCGUGCUACAUGGCUGGUGACGUCAGAAUCAACCAGACCCCAACCCUCGCCAUGAUGCACACGAUAAUGAUACGCGAACACAACCGCAUCGCGGACAUCCUGGCCUCUCUGAACCCCUUGUGGAGCGACGAGAAGAUCUACCAGGAGGCCAGGAGGAUAGUCAUCGCUGAGCUCCAGCAUAUCACUUACCAGGAGUGGCUGCCGUUGAAUUUUGGUGAGAACUACUUCCGCUACUACCGGAUAUCGCCGUCGAGCCUGUACAGCCGCGACUACAGCGACACCGUGCACCCGGGCUGCAUCAACAGCUUCGGCGCCGCCGCCUUCCGCUUCCUGCACUCCACGGUGCCCGAGACCUUCAUGUCGUGCCCGGCCAACUAUCAGCAGGGUUAUGCUUACAAGUUCAGCGACCACUACCAAAACCCAUCGCUUCUCGAGGUCGCCUUUGAUGACCUGAUGCGUGGGUCCCUUGCAUACGCUUCCUCAGAGUCGGACCCCUACGUGUCGGGUGAGCUGACCAAUAAGCUGUUCAAGUCUACCAACGAGUGGGGCAUGGACCUCAUAGCCAUGGAUAUACAGAGGGGCAGGGACCAUGGGAUAGCCAGCUAUAACGACUUAAGAGAGGUCUGUGGGUUGAGAAGAGCCACGACCUUCCAAGAUUUGGCUGGAGAAAUGACCCAAGAUCGCAUCAAUGCCCUCGCUUCGUUAUACGAAUGCGUAGACGAUGUAGACCUUUUCGUCGGAGGGAUGCUUGAGAAGGACGUCCAGGGUUCGAUCCUGGGUCACACCUUCCAGUGUAUCGUCGCUGAGCAAUUCUAUAGGACCAGAAUUGGCGACAGAUACUUUUACGAUAACAGCGACCAGCCCUACCCGUUCACGACUGAGCAACUGUCAGAAAUAAAGAAAUCCUCCAUGGCGCGACUGAUCUGCGACAACACGGACUUGCAAUACGUGCAGCGUUCACCUUUUGAAAUAGAGUCCAUCUACAACCCCAAAUAUAGCUGUCAAGACUACACGGCCAUUCCGUACGUCAACCUGGCUCCGUGGAAGUCGACUAACUUGUUUAAAUGUGAUUAAAUAGUACAGAUGUAGUGCGAAAAGCUUUUCUUUUUUACAAG